AUGAAAUCCUUAACUUCCCUUAUAAGGAAGGCCAUAGUGAUAAUUUUCGGUAUCAAUAUAAUUUAUCUUUCAGGAUGCAUAUUGUAUUAUAGAGAAGAUUUUUCUCUUGACAAGACCGUUUAUAACAAAACCGUUGAUUUAAAAUAUAUUUAUAUAGAAAAUGAUAAUGAAGAACCAAGCGUUAAUUUCAAUAGUGAAAUAACGAAAUUAUUCGAAAAAGUCGAAUCUAAUGAAGAUGAUAGAUUUUGGUUAAAGGAUACGGAAUUAACCAAUACUGAAAUUACCAUUAAUCCUGAACAUUUCAUCAUUGAUUCAGAGAAUCCUGAAAGUUGGAUCAAUAAAAAUACCUUAUUUUAUGAUAUAAGAUUGACUUUAUCAUUGUAUUUGAAUUAUUACCAUCAUGAACUUACUAGAAGAGAUAAUAAAAAUGAUAUUUCUAUUCCCUUUCACUGGGUUGAUUGGAUCAACUUGGAUUAUUUGAAUAAUGAUGAUUUAUUAUUGCCAUUAAAGGAUAGAAGAGAUUGUCAUUGGAUGGAAAACUUCAUUGAUAAACAUCGUUUCAAAUUUCCUGAGUUGAAAUGUAUAAAUAAUGCCGAUAUUACCCCCAAUAUGUUAAGGGAUUAUGGAUUUGAUAAUCAUGACCAAUUACCUGGUUACAUUAUGCAUGCAUUCACUUUAAGAAGGGGUACCAUUGAUGUCAGAUUAGCACAAGCUAAAUCUUAUAUCAUGACAAACUUACCCAAUCCCUUCAAAUUGGUUUUUUUGAAUAAAAACAACGGUACUUACGAAGUCAACGUUGAUCAAACUUCAAAGACUAGAAUCUUGAAGUCUAACUUGUUAUACAAAUAUCUUGAAAAUAACAACUUGAUUAAAGAUGGUAAGUUACCAAAGAAAUUGACUUUGGAUCCAGUCAAAGAAUUUCAAAUUUUGAAACAAAAUAUUGAACCCCAUUAUUUAACUAAACUUUCUGAUGUUUAUGGACUUUAUGAAACUUUACAUAAUGUGGAUGUUUCAAAGACUAGAAAUUUGCCUAUUCCAAAAGAUGCUUUCCAAUAUAAUCCAGAUUAUCUUGAUGUCCAAUUACAAGUAUUUGAUGAACUUUCAAGAAUUCAACAUUUGGAUUUCAUUCAAGAAUCAUAUGUUAGAUCGUUGAAAUUAUCUAAAGAAAGAAAUACAAACACUGAAGAUGUUUAUUUCAGACAAGCCACUUUAUGGCAUGAUCACGAUGAAGAUAAUAUUGAUCAAGAUAAGGGAUAUCAUUACGAUUGGAGAUUUUUUACUGGAACUUUAACAGGUAAAAGAAAAGGUUGGACUGACAAAGAGUUGGUUUUGAGACAAGAAGUUAUUUUAGAUAGAUUAAGUAGAUCAUGGUUCAGAUUUGCCCAUGAAAAAGGUUUAAUAAGUUGGAUUAUGCAUGGACCUUUAUUAUCUUGGUAUUGGAAUGGUUUGAUGUUCCCAUUCGAUGAUGAUUUAGAUAUCCAAAUGCCAGCUAGAGAUUUAGCUAGAUUGGGUGAAUUAUAUAAUCAAACCUUGGUUAUUGAAGAUUUAGAAGAAGGUUUCGGAAAAUUUUUGAUUGACGUUGGUACUUUCGUCCAUAAUAGAGAUAUCAGUAAAAGAGAAAAUCAUAUCGAUGCAAGAUUCAUUGAUGUUGAUUCUGGUCUUUAUAUUGAUAUCACUGGUUUAAGUACCAGUGAUGCCAAAAUCCCAUCGGAAUUCGAAAAUGAUCACGAAUUUGUUGACAUUCAUGAAGAAACCAGGAAUGAUGAAAUUUAUAAUGAUAGAAGAAAACAUUGGUAUAAACACGAACAAUUAUCACCUUUGAAAUAUACCUCUAUGGGUGGAGUUCCAAUGUUCAUGCCUAAUGAUAUCUCCAAGAGAUUGAUUUUCGAAUAUCCAGGAGGAAUUACCAAACCAGAAUUUCAUAAUUGGUUUUUCAUCCCUAAAAUUAAUUUGUGGGUUAAUAAAGAAAGUUUAAUAGAAGUUUUUGAUUCAAAUGAUUUCAGAAAAAUGUCACAAAAACAAAAGGAACAUGGUAGUGUUGAUGAUGAGAAAUUAUCCCAAUUAAUUCUUGAUAUGGAUGAAAGUCAAAUUUUGAAAUUAUUAAGUAAUGAUGACGAAGUUUUAUGUGAAUAUUAUAAAACUAAAUCAAUCACCGACAUUCAUUCUAAAGAAAAGGAAUAUUUGUUUGAGAUCACAGAAAAGACAGACGGUGAUCCAAAUGAUCCUUCUUAUAAAAAAUUGAUGGUUGCCGAUAAACAACUUGAAGGGGAAGAAUUCGAUAAAUAUAAUAGAUUCAUCCAUGCAAAUAUGAAGAUGACCAAACCUUUGAGGAAAUCUUUGUUUCAAUUUGAAGUUGUUGAUCAACCAUUGCAUCAUAAGGAAACUUAA